UGUCUAACCCCUCCCUCGCUAGGACUAAGGUGAAAUGGUGAACAAGUAGAUCUUAGUUCACACCUUCAUGGUUCUGUUCUGGUCCAGGUUCGGCAGAGACCCAAGCCGGUAUGUGUUGCGUUUAGGAGACUAUCACACUGAGGAGCAGGACGACUUUGAACGCACACUGGUCCCUGAACGCAUCGUCAUCCACAGAAAGUACCACAGUCAGGCCUGGGAGUACGAUAUCGCCCUGGUGAGGCUCAAAGGCACGGAGGGGAACUGUGUGUCCUUCAACCCUCACACAGGUGCGGUGUGUUUACCUGAAACAGGACACAGGUGGGACAAGAGACCUGCUGCAUGCGUCAUCACUGGCUGGGGCAUCACAGGUAACAUGUUACACCUACACAGGUAACUAACACACCUCCAUCACAGGUAACAUGUUACACCUACACAGGUAACUAACACACCUCCAUCACAGGUAACAUGUUACAC